UCAAAAAUUACUGUCCUUCCAUACCAACAACAUCAACUUCGAUCUGAGUAGCAUAACUGACAAAGCAUGUCACGAAUUUUUGUCCAAGGCGUCACAGAUUUUUGUUCAGAACUUGAAAACCGAAUGUGGAUUGAACUGCAGCUUCGUGAAGGAAACCCACAUUUCAGUCAGAAUAAGAGUGUCAACCACUGAAUUAACGCUGGGCUGGGAAACUGACGAAGGCUACACUCUCGAGCUAACAUCAAAAGGUGAUCUAAUAACUGUCACUAUCGAUGCCUCGACGGUGUAUGGCGCUAGACACGGUCUCGAAUCGCUGAGUCAGUUGACAGCUGUUCACCAAUGCUCGAAGGAUGGCCGAAGCAACCUGGUGAUUGUGUCGGGUGCUAAGAUAUCGGACAGACCGGUCUACCCGCACCGAGGCCUGCUGCUCGACACGUCCAGGAACUUCCUGCCAGUGAGUGCCAUGCUGCGCACCAUUGACGCCAUGGCUGCAUCCAAGAUGAACGUGUUACAUUGGCAUGCCACCGACUCUCACAGCUUUCCUCUGCAGUCACCCCGGGUACCACAACUGGCCAAGUACGGAGCGUAUUCAGAGCAAGAAGUGUACAGCACAUCAGACGUGAGCGAGCUGGUGAGCUAUGGCCAGCAGAGAGGAGUGCGCGUGUUGCUGGAGAUAGAUGGGCCUGCACAUGCGGGCAUGGGUUGGCAAUGGGGCAGGGAAGCCGGCCUCGGCGACCUGGCCGUGUGUGUCGGUUGGCAGCCCUGGCACAAGUACUGCAUACAGCCUCCCUGCGGUCAGCUCAAUCCUGCCAACCCCAAUCUCUACAAGGUCAUGGCAGACUUGUUCAAGGACAUCAGCGAAUCGUUCUCUUACAGUAGCGGCUUUCAUAUGGGAGGGGAUGAGGUAUUUUUGCCUUGCUGGAAUAGUUCUCAGGAGAUAGUUGACUGGAUGCAGACGCAAAGUCUGGGUCGAACAAAGCUGGACUUCAUCAAGGCAUGGGCCUACUACCAGCAACAGCUGUUGAGGGUGUGGGACGCCCAGGUGGGGCACUCCAAGACACCCAUCAUCCUCUGGUCCAGUCAUCUCACUGACCCGGCCAUCAUUCAAAGAUAUUUGGAUAAGGAUAGAUAUGUGAUACAGACAUGGGUUGAGAAAGCUAGUGAUGUGAACCAUUUGCUUCUAUCUCUUGGAUACAGAGUUAUAAUAACCACAAAGGAUACCUGGUACUUGGACCACGGAUUUUGGGGUAGCACCACUUAUCAUAACUGGAAAGUUGUAUAUGACAACAAACUACCUAAAGGAUUCAAAGGUGUGCUGGGCGGAGAAACGGCCAUGUGGGGAGAGCUGGUGGACCAAUUCUCAUUGGAUGCGAAAGUGUGGCCUAGAGCGGCCGCCAUGGCCGAGCGGUUGUGGGCGGAUCCCAACUCGUCAAGCAUAGAAGCUGAGAAUAGAUUGAGGCAUCACCGGCAACGAUUGGUUCGCAGAGGAAUCAACGCCGAAGCUGUAGCGCCCGAAUGGUGCUUCCAGAAUGAGGGCGAGUGCGGGAACGAUAGAUAGUCAAUCAAAUUUGUCAAUUAAAAUCCCUCUAGUCAUGUGAACAAUUCGUAAUUAUAAUCAAUUUUAUCAAUAUUCGAAA